GCUCUCUUCUUCUUCUCCUUCAAGAAUGGUGAAUCAACAAGAUCACGAGGGAUCUCCGACGAAACAAGUUCCCUCGAUGCCUCAGACUCUGCGCUCGAAUUUAUCCCCGGAUCAGUCGAGUUCCACCGUCGCGUCUCCGCCUCUCGGCCAAAAUCUCCCGGUCGAUCCGUCAAGCUCCACCGCCUUGAAUCUUCUUACAAGCUCCACGACGGCUUCUCUACCUCUCGGCCCAGAUAUUCCGGUCGUUCAUUCGAGUUCCACCGUCGCUUCUCCGCCUCCCAACGUGAAUCUGUCAUUGGGUUUAGGACUCAUCACAGGCGCGGCUCUUCCGCUCGGGUCGUCGAGUUCAACGGGUGGCGUGAAUCGUUCAUUGGGUUUAUCGAUAACCUCAGCCGCUGCGUCUCUUGGCGAUGAUCUUUCGUUGGGCCAACCUGGCGGAGAUCCUCUGGUCGUUGCUUCGGGAUCGCAGGUUCCAAGUUCAUCUCAAAACUCGCGUACGCCACCGAGAGCUAUUAACUUUCAAAUGAACAAGAUUUCGAUCGGGCAUUGGACCCAAACUGCUGUCCACUCCCCGGAUCUGUUGGCUAGGUGCUAUUUCGUAAAGAAGCAGUUUGUGUGGGAGAUUAGGGACGAGGAGCAAACAGAAACUGGAACAAAGAAACAGACGAAGAAAAUGGAGAUUAACUGGGGCGAUGUCUUGUCACUUCAAGCGAAUGAUCGAACCGGAUGCCUUGAAAUCGAGUUGAGCAAACCACCGUCCUUCCUGAAAGAGUGUGCUCCAAGGCAGGCGCUAAGAUGGGAACGUGUGGACCAUUUUUCCCCAAAUCACCCGUCUUCUGUUUGCAGGAGACAUAAGCUAUAUUUUGAUCCGGGAGUUUUAAAGACGAACUACAACAAGAUAAUAGCUGACAGCUUCUGGUCCAGAACUUUGGAAGUCCAAUUCCCAUCAUUACCCGGCUCGCUCUUCUUCGAAGAAAACCCACCGGUGGAAGACAACAGCCAGAAUCAGUUGCUUGGAACGCAAGGCACAUCGCAGCAGGACCCACAAGAAGAUGCGAAAACGGGUGAAAAACGAAAAAGAAGAGAAGGGAAAGAGUAAAGACUAAAUGCUUUCGAUCAAGUAGUGUUCAUGUUGUUGUGAAACCAGUCUUUUUAGAUGUAGUUCAGCUGUCCAUUAAAAUACGACUUUGUCCAUCGCUUUGCUCCCAACGCUAGCAGAAGAUUUUUGUAGACCCACUUUUACUAUGCGGUUACAAGAAGUUUAAACCAUCAAAACUGUUUUUUCCCAACAACUUAUUUGUCUCCGGUGUCUUGAGUCAGAUUUAGUUUGGCCUGCGUUUCUUUUUAGCAUUACUGCGUCUCCG